CGCAGCCUUUUCUAGGGUGACCGAAGAGGCAAUGAGGAGUUUGUAAAUUUCGUUAUUAUAAGAUUUAAGUUUAUAUAUUACAAUCAUCAUGAUUUCAAAGGCUGCAGUAGGUAUUGCUGUUGGAAUAGCUGGAAUAUUUGUUGGAUAUUGCUUUUACUUCGAUCAAAAGCGUCGUAGUGAUCCAGAUUUUAAAAAGAAAUUGCGUGAACGUAGAAAAGCUAAGAAGCAAGCUCAAAAAGCUAGUUCAAAAAUUCCAGAUUUAAAAGAUCAUGAAGUUGUUCAAAAAUUCUUCUUCCAAGAGGUUCAACUUGGAGAAGAAAUGCUUUCAUACGGUGAUAUAGAAGGUGGAAUUGAGCAUUUAGCAAAUGCAGUUGCUGUUUGUGGACAACCUACACAAUUAUUGCAAGUUCUUCAGAAAACACUGCCACCACAAGUUUUUCAUCUUUUAUUGCAGCGAAUACCAGCUAUUAGCCAGAAGCUAUCUCAAACUGCAAUGGCUGAGGAAGAUGUUGAAUAAAAUAAUACUAAAAUUUACGUUGACUUUUAAAAUAAAAUCUAACUAUUAGUAGAAGUGUAUGCCUUCUUUUGAUAAUGUAGACAUUUGUGUGACUUUAA